AUGUACUGGUUAAGACGCAGCUACGCUACAGAGGGAGAAAAGGUUGUUGUACUAGCAUUAACAGCUUGUCUCUUCUCGAGUGUAAUAGUUCUAACAGACACAAAGCAUACCCCAUCAAGGACUGACCUUGCGGACACUGAUGCUCGGACAAUGGGCCUGGAAAGAUCAGAAACUAAGUCACAAACAAAGAGGAAUACUCGGAGGAGGCAUAGACAUAAAAAUAGGAAACAACGCAAUAGAAUUCCACUACUAAAAGAAAUAGACCCAUCACUAAUCUCAAAUUUAGUUAGAUUUUCUCCAACUCGGCCGCAUUCACCGCCGUUCCCUUAUCCUGUAUCCUUCAUUGACGAAAAGGAAGAAUCUGUGCUAAAACUUGCCCUACAUAAAAAAGACGAUUUAAAUGAAAGGAGAAGUAACGUGACUGAUAUAGUUCAAGAACGACAAAGACGUUCUGUCACAAGUGCUGUAAAACGAAAAAAUAAAAAUAGAAAUAAACGAGAUCGACGAAAGAGAUCUAAACGGCGAGAUAUGAGUGUGCCGGUUUGUACAAGCUCAAGCCGGUGGGUGCAAAGAACGGACGCUGAAGAUAUGUGGGGCAAUUCAGUGAAAGUGGCUCAGCACAUACCAAGUGGUAAUUCCAUGAUUAACCAAUACUUCUACGAAACAUUCUGUAGGAGACAAGAGCCAGCACCUUGCUAUGGCAUCGAUAGUGAACGAUUUGACUCUCUCUGUGAAAACAAAUAUAUCUGGACAUACGCCAGAAUUAUAAACAGUUUUGGAGAGGAGGGGUGGAAUCUCAUAAAAAUACGAGGAUCGUGUAAUUGUGCCCUGUUUAGAAAGAAGGGCACUCGACGUGGGUUGUUAUCAUUGCUAUGAUGAAACCUCAUAUAUAUAUGUGCUUGUACUAAUGUUUGUAAAUUAUAACUGGUAUGCUCCAGGAUGACGUCACUAAUGUCGAUAUUUUACCGAUACUGAAAUUGAGAAUAAUUUUCGUACCGAGUUUCCAACAUGUAUAUAUAUAUCAAUGUAUUUAUUUAAUUUAUUUGUUAGUGGCAAACAUUACCAUAUGUCUAACUCUUUAACAUUCCAGACUUAUUCAUCAAGAUAUUCUUUGGACUAAAAAGUCAUCGACUAUUUGCAUUGCUAUCGCCUAUUUAUUCAACUGUUCAUCAAAAAUGUACCAAAAAGGAGUGAACCAUUUUUGUGGUCAAGUUUGUAUGUCUGUAAGUAGCAUUCCAGACUUUUUCUCUCCGAUAAUUCUAGGUUUAUCACGCCCUACUAACAUAGUCUCAAGUUUAGUAAUUAAUAAGGUUAUUUAGGGAUGGGCUUGGUUUCCUUUGUACUUCAUAUUCCCACCUUUCAAGAAGGUGCAAAAUAUAAAUAUUCUCAUACCAGGUGCUAUUGUAUAAGCUGUUUUCGAUAAGAUGUCUAUAUAAUAUGAUAUCUAAAUGUAUAUUAAACGCACCCUUGAACAUUUAGGCUAACGAUGUUUCAGUAUUUAUAUCUAGCGUAACCACG